UGUGAAACACGUGUUGGGUAACAGCUGUUUUGUGCUCAUGUAACCGGCUGAAAGCAUUGCAUUUAAUAUUAAAAAUCGACUCUCGUGAAAUGCAAAUUCGUCGUCCUCGUGGUGUAACAAUUCCUCAGUUAAUGGUGGUAACAGCUCUUGGGGUACUAGGCGGCAUAUACAUUUGGCAGCCACUGAUAUUGAAAUUCAAAGACGAAAAGAAAACUGACUCUGAACCGAAGUCUCCAACGGCAGCAACAAAAUGAGUUUCAUUAACGGACUCAAGAGGUUCGCCACCACGACCGUGGGUCUGAUGGCCAUAGGCAUCGGGUCCACAGUCCUUAUUUUUGCCGGCCAUCGGUUUAUUGUGAAACCCUACCAAUCCAAGCAACGACGCCUCGAAGCAGAAGCCUGUGCGGACUAUCUGUUUCAGCAGGAGGUACAGCAGCAGAGAGCGAGCACUGUGACCCAGUAAUUUUACCACAUCCAUCAAUAUAUAACCAAAAAUCCUUUUACGUAAACCUGAGGGAACAGUGAGUGAAGUUUAAGUUUCAUAAAUUGAUCAUUGAGGAACGGGGACCUCGUCUUGUUUCAGUUGAGUAAAUGCAUUAGGGUAUUUUAUGGAGUUUUAAUGGAAGCAAACAACAUGAAUUGAAUAAAUAAUGAAAACAAA